UUAACUCUUAUUAAGAAUGUUAUGAAGGAGCCUAUAAAAGAUGUUCGUAUUCUCUUUGUUUAUUUCGGGUUCAGUCGCUAAAGAGUUAAAAUCAAACAAAGAUAUAUAAAGUAAUAAAAAUGGUUAAAAACGAUCUGGAACCCCGUAGAGUAGUUAGCUUUGUAGCUUUGAUAUUUUCUUUUUUGGGCCUCGUCAUCGUUAUUAUCCUAUCUUCAUGGACUUUCUAUCAAAGUUCUAAAGAGAAAGUAAGGAAUUUGAAUUUCUCUCCGGACGAACACGAAAGGUUUGAAAAGACAAUAGCUGCCCUCAGAACACAAUUAAAAGACAUGGAAAAUUGGAGGAAGAUGGUUGAUAAAGCUCGUAAUGCAUCCUUCAGCAGUGAGGAGGAGCCAAGCCUUUCUCGACUAAAACGAAGUGUGAAAGAAAUCGUUACGCAUGAAUACAAGUCUUCGGGAACAACUUACACCCAUUGGGGUAGCAACUCCUGUCCAAACUCAGGGGCCCAACUUCUCUAUAACGGUGUCGUCGCUGCUGGCUACUACGGUCACACAGGAGGUGGAGCCGAUUACCAGUGUUUGCCUCACAAACCACAGUAUGGCUAUAAAAAUCCUGGGACUCAAUAUACAACCAAACUUGGGGGAAGUUCUAUGUAUGGAACAGAGUAUCGAGGAGACAGUAUAUAUCCCUUUAAAAACGACAAAAAUGACGGGAAAUCACUGAAUCAGAUGGACAGCGUGUGUGCUGUGUGUUACGUACCUGUCCGGUCAAUUACCCUAAUGAUACCGGCAUGGCAGGAAUGUCCAACAGGAUGGACAUUCGAAUACAAAGGCUACCUUAUGGCGUCUCACUACAAGCAACAUCGAAGUAAUUUCGUGUGUGUGAACGAUACGCCAGAAUCGAAGGAGUCUGGUGAAAACACCAGUGGUGGAAGUUAUUUGUACCCAGUAGAGGGCAUCUGUGGUGCCAUUCCAUGUCCACAUUAUAGUAAUGGAUUAGAGUUAACAUGUGUUGUGUGUACCAAAUAAAUCCGUGUAAUAUUAACAUUUUGUUGUAAGUUGAUAAACCAAGUAUGGACAGCUAGACCUUUUAAAGAUAACAAUAACAGUAUUAACUUUAUUAAAGACACAGCAUUUCUGUUGUGUUUUUAAUUAGCAAUUAUGAACUUAGUGAAAUUCUUGGAUUUUUUUAUGAGAAAAAAAUCCUAUUGUAAUUUUUCUUCCAGUUAACUUUAUUUUUUUUCACUGAGUUAUUGCUACCAUUUGUAAAACAAGUAAUGUAUUUAUCAAUGCUAGACUUUAUGAAGUGAAUGAGUAUUGUGUUAAUAUGAGGUGAAUGUAUUUUCAUUAUUUUUUGUCAGUCUAAUACUAAUAAAAAUCACAGAUCAAGAACUAAAAAG